ACCACAUGGCACGACUACAUGCGCGUCAGAUGUGUUGUGAAGGAGCAGAUGAACAACUUAGCCAUAGCUUAGAUUCAUAUAGCUAACUUAGUCGUCUGUAAGAGGAAUACAUAGCUAAAAAUGUCGCAGUUACAAGCGAGGUUCUUCACGGAGAACAAAAGGUAUGUUGUGGAUGAUGUCCCAUUCUCCAUCCCUGCUAACUCUGAAGUGCAGGACCUCAGUAAUGUCAUCAACAUGCUACUGGAAGCUAAAAAUGCUUCUCACAGCAAAGUGGAUUUCGACUUCCUGGUCAAGGGUCAGUUCCUGCGAUCGUCGCUGGCCACUCAUAUGGAGGCAGAAGACAUAUCGACGGAAGACGUGGUGGAGAUAGAGUAUGUAGAGCGGAUCACAGCCCCAGAGCCCGAGGAGUGUAUGAUGCACGAUGACUGGAUUAGCUCUGUAGAUGCAGAUGCUGAAUGGAUCCUAACAGGGUCGUAUGACAAGACAGCCAGGAUCUGGUCUGUAGAGGGCAAGGCAGUGUUGACAGUGGCUGGACACACAGAUGUGGUGAAAGAUGUAGCCUGGGUCAAAAGAGAUGGUCUGACCUCUCUGCUUCUGACCGCCUCUCUGGACCAAAACAUCCUGCUGUGGGAGUGGAACUCCGAGAGGAACAAGGUGAAAGCCAGACACUGCUGUCGGGGACACACAGGGAGUGUUGACACUGUUUCCACAGACCCCACUGGCUCAAAGUUCUGCAGUGGCUCCUGGGACAAAAUGUUGAAGAUUUGGUCUGCAGUGCCCACAGAUGAGGCAGACGAGGUUGAAGAGCCUGCUGACAGGCCGAGGAAGAAACAGAAGACUCAACAGCUUGGCCUCACCAGGACGCCCCUGAUGACGUUAUCUGGACACAACGAGGCGGUGUCUUCUGUCCUGUGGUUCGACAGUGAGGAAGUUUGCAGUGCAUCAUGGGACCACACCAUCCGCAUGUGGGACGUCGAGACGGGAGCAAUGAAGACUACACUGGUGAGAAACGAGCAGUUGGUCAAAACCUGAACCAAUUCAAAUUGG